AUGCCUGAGGCAUUCCACCACCGGCCGACGCUCAAACAAACGAACAAAGCGUACAAGUCUCGCCAUGCAUCCAAAUCUUCCUUGAAGGAACUCUCAAAAGGGCGCGCCGCCACUCCCCGUCAAUCACCCAAGAACAUCUCGGCCGCCCGCGCUGCCGCCCAGAGCAAACUUGAUCGCAAGAACCACGCGCGUCAGGCGCAAGCGGCGAAGCGCUCUGCACUGGUCAGCGCCACGAGGGUGUUCGCUGGUGUGGACGGCGCACCCAGGAUCGUGGCGGUUAUACCGCUCGCCCCGGAUGUAGAUGCGAGGGACGUCAGUAGAGGGCUUGCGGGAGCUGUUGGUGCUGAAGAUGAGGGUAGCGAUGGGCUAUGGAAGAUCCGGGCGGACCGCUUCAAGACCUCACUACAAUUCAUACAAGUACCCUACGGCCAGUUCUACGCUGCACUAGACGCCGCCAAGGCAGCCGACUACGUUGUUCUCGCACUCUCACCAGAGACGGAGGUGGACGAAUGGGGCGAUACGUUACUCCGUACACUUCAAGCUCAAGGUCUACCUACACCCUGCGCUGUCAUCCCACCAUCCUUCUCGACCUCGAGCGACCCCAAAGCUCGGGCUGGCGUUUUGAAGUCUCUGCUGAGCUUCACGCAAUACUUUGCCCCGGAUGUGGCGCGAGUAUAUGACUUGAGUGUUGCGGCCGAUGCGCUGGGAGCAUUGCGAGUGCUCGCGGAGGGCAAGCCGAAAGAUGUACGGUGGCGCGAGGGUAGAGUCUGGGUCCUGGGCGAGGACGUGAGGUGGGACGAAGGCGAGGCCGAGUUGAAAGUCACCGGUACCGUCCGCGGAGCUGGGCUCUCGGCCAACCGCCUGGUCCACAUACCCAACUUCGGAGACUUCCAGAUCGCCAAGAUCGAAUCGGCUCCUCUACCCCGUACGGCCCGCAAAGGCACCGAAGCAAUGGACGUCGAGCCUACGACGGUCGCUCAGCCCGAUGAGGACGCCGAUUCGCUUGUAUCGUCCAAUGAUCCCGACGAUAUGGCCAACGAGCAGACUUGGCCGACCGAAGAAGAAAUGGCGGGCGCCAAUCCCUCCGAAAACGGACACUCCGAUGUGAUGCCGGACGCGAACAAUGGCACGACGCCCAAAACUGUACGGAAGAUCCCAAAAGGGAUGAGCGAGUACCAGGCCGCGUGGAUCCUGGACGAUGACGAGGAGGAUGGGGAGGGCAGCGAGGGUGAAGAUGGGGAUAAGUCUGAGGCGAUGGAUGACGAUGAAGAGGAGAUGGUCGAUGCGCCAAUCGAAGACGACGAUCUGGAGAGCAGACGCUCGGUCAUGUUCCAAGAUCUCGAUGAGGACGAAGAAGAGCGUCAACUCGCGAACUGGAAGAACCGCGAUCGGGAGGAACAGGACGACGCCGAGUUCCCGGACGAGAUCGACACGCCGCGCGAUAUUCCCGCGCGCCAGCGUUUCGCGCGGUACCGCGGUCUGCGGUCUAUGCGUACGUCGCCGUGGGACCCUUACGAGUCGCUACCUCGCGACUACGCGAGAAUAUUCCAGUUCGAGGACUAUAAGCGGACGGAGAGGUCUGUCAGGCGGCGCGAGGAGGCAGAUGCUGGCGCGGUGCAGCCCGGGACGAGGGUCACUAUCACGCUGAAGGAUGCGCCUCGAGAGGCAGCGGAAGUGCCGAAGGGAUCGCCAUUCGUACUCUUCGGGUUGCACCAGCACGAGCACAAGAAGACGGUCGUGAACUUCACGGUGUUGAGGAAUACGGAGUACGAUGGUUCCGUGCGGUCAAAGGACGAACUCGUACUAUGCGUCGGCCCGCGUCGGCUCCGCGUCAAGCCCAUCUACAGCCAACACACCCGCGGCGGCGGGAAGGGCCCCAACAACGUGCACAAGUUCGAGCGCUACCUCCGCCACGGUACGACGACCGUCGCCUCAGUCUACGCGCCCAUUCUCUACGGCAACCAGCCCAUCGCCCUAUUACGCGAAAGCGACGACCCCCAAGCCCCAAACCUAGUAGCAAUGGGCACCUUCAAAGACGCCGACCCAACCCGUGUCAUCGCCAAACGCAUCCUCCUCUCCGGCCACCCAUUCAAAGUGCACCGCAAAACCGCAACCGUGCGGUACAUGUUCUUCAACGCCGACGACGUCUUGUACUACAAGCCCGUGCAAUUGCAUACCAAGAUGGGGAGGUCGGGGCAUAUCAAGGAGAGUUUGGGCACGCACGGGUACUUUAAGGCGCAUUUCGAUGGGCCGGUUAGUCAGAUGGAUACAGUGCUUAUGGCGCUGUAUAAGAGGGUUUUCCCGAGGUGGAGCGAGACGUUCAAGGUGAAUGGGGGUGGGAAGGUCGAGGAGGUUAGGGAGGAUGAUAUGAUGCAGGAUUGA